AUCAAGUUUGUUCCAUUGGAACGUUUUGUUUUUGAAGUUUCACUUGAAAAUUUAAUUCAACAGAUGAUGAGAAAAACAUAAACAAAUAACAUUAUUUAUAACAAAUUCAAAUAAUCAGCCAAAUGCUGGAGAUGUCGACGAACUGGUUUCAUGUUUGUGUUUUCAAAAUCGUAAAUACUUUGACCAGGUUUUAGGUGUUUCUGUGAUAAACUGAAAAUGAGUGCCAGAGGAUGUUAUCAUUUACAGCAUUUUAAAAAAAAUCAAGACAAUGUGGAUAUGUUCAAAUGGAUUCAUUCAGUUUUUGUGGUAACGGGCACUUCUUUGAGCAAGAAAACAAAGAUUUGCAAUGCCUAUUGCCGAACUUGUAAAAAAAGAGGCCCAUUUCUUCAUGCUUGCCUCGAAUGUGUUCAUUUUGGAUGCCACAGACAUAUAAGAGAACAUAUGAAGUUUCACCAACAUUUGUUUUCAGUGGAACUGCUCUACGGUCAAAUCCACUGUUCCUCUUGUGAUGAUUAUAUUUAUGAUGCAGAAAUUGAUGAAAUUACAAAUUACAACAAAAUGCACUCCAUCAAGUUCAGAAAAAGGUUAUUUGAAUUGACAUCCUGGGAUGCUAUUGAAGAAGAAAUGCUUCUAUUGGAUCAUCAAACAAAAAAAAUCUGUAUUACUCCAGAAUCUACGAUAGGGCUGAGAGGAUUGCUGAAUUUAGGGCAAACAUGUUUUAUGAACUGUAUUGUUCAGGCCCUGAUGCACACGCCGUUAUUAAGAGAUUACUUCUUAACAGAAAGGCACAAGUGCAAUGGCGUUCCUGGAACAUGUCUCGUUUGUGAGGUAUCGAAAUUAUUUCAGGAAUUUUACAGAGGUGCUAAGAUGCCACUAGCCUUGCAUGAACUUCUUCAUCUGAUUUGGACACAUGCCAGACAUUUAGCUGGUUACGAACAACAAGACGCCCAUGAAUUUUUUAUUGCAACACUCGAUAUAUUACAUAAACACUGUUUGGAUACAAUGCCGAAAACUAGUAAAAUGAUGCAAACAGGGAACGAAAAAUGCCCAUGUAUUAUCGACAGAAUUUUCACUGGAGGUCUUCAGAGUGACUUGGUUUGUCAGGAAUGCAA